UGAUAAUUUCACUCAGCAGUUAGCAUAUUUUUGUGAGGCAAAUUCACCAUUAACCGAAAAUGUCCCAAUUUUGCAUAUUAUUGCAGGGGUCCGCAAUUGCAUUGGCCAUGGAGUAAACGAGCAGUAGAAACUUGGAAGUCAUUCGGUUGAAGGUUUCAGGACCCGAAGUCUGCGUGUCAAUGGAAGGAAGACCUACGGAACUCCGAGAAUUCUGGGAAUGAGUUUCGGAAUUGGAGUGGCAAUCGAAGAAACCUUCGCGAUUUUCAGCUGACCACAUGUUUUCCUUCGUUUUGAUCCCCGCUCAAGUUCUACUAGCGACCCCAUGCGUGUUGGAACAUGUUUGUCAUCGUAGCUGACAAUGGCGUCGAUGCAUUUCUGCCGCAAGCUUUUCUCCCCGGCGGGUUCUUCUGUUCUCUCCGGUUUUGUGGGGGCACUAAGCAAGGAUUUCAAAUUGAACUUUGGACCUUUUGGCUGUAGGCAGUACAGUAUCUACAGCAGUGCCGAUAAAUUUGAUUUCACAGACUUGACACGUCCCCAUUCAUGGUAUCCAAAUGCAAGAAGGAAACAUCGCAAAAUUUUUUUGCACAUGGGUCCAACUAAUAGUGGCAAAACUCACAAUGCUUUGAAGAGGCUUGAAUCAAGUGGUUCUGGCAUAUAUUGUGGUCCCCUGAGAUUGUUGGCUUGGGAAGUGGCUAAGCGGUUGAAUAAGGCAAAAAUUCCUUGUGAUUUGAUCACAGGACAAGAAAAAGAGGAAGUUGAUGGUGCAAAACACAGGGCUGUGACUGUUGAGAUGGCUGAUGUAACCUCCAACUACAGUUGUGCAGUUAUUGAUGAAAUUCAGAUGUUGGGAUGUAAGACAAGGGGAUAUUCAUUUACACGUGCACUACUUGGAAUUUGUGCUGAUGAGCUUCACCUUUGUGGAGAUGCAGCUGUUGUACCUCUUAUUCAGGAAAUUCUAAAAGUAACUGGUGAUGAUAUCGAGGUACAAUACUAUGAGAGACUUUCACCUCUGAUUCCAAUGAAAGUUCCACUUGGACCCUAUUCUAAUAUUAGGACGGGUGAUUGUGUCGUUACCUUUUCACGUCGUAAAAUAUAUGGCUAUAAGAAAAAAAUUGAAAGUGACAGUAGACAUCUUUGCUCUGUAGUUUAUGGUUCACUACCACCAGAAACUCGAACGAGGCAGGCAACAAUGUUCAAUGAUACAACCAGUGAGUUUGAUGUGCUGGUGGCUAGCGAUGCCAUUGGGAUGGGUCUUAAUUUGAACAUCUCGAGGAUCAUAUUUUCAACUAUGGAGAAAUUUGAUGGUUUUGAAAUGCGGGAGCUUACUAUACCAGAGAUCAAACAGAUUGCAGGUAGAGCUGGCAGGUAUGGAUCAAAAUUUCCCAUUGGCGAAGUAACUUGUAUAAAUGGAGAUGAUUUACCCUUACUUCAUUCAUCACUAAAGUCUGCGUCUCCCACUAUAGAGAGAGCUGGGCUAUUUCCAACUUUUGAGCUCAUGUAUUUAUAUUCCCGUCUACACCCAGAAAAUGGCCUGCGGCAGAUACUGGAGCACUUUGUUGAUAAUGCUAAAUUAUCUGAAAAUUAUUUUAUUUCUGACUGUGAAGAAAUGUUGAAAGUUGCUGCCGUCCUUGAUGAGAUGCCCCUCAGUUUGCACGACAAGUACCUUUUCUGUAUCAGCCCUGUGGACAUGGCUGAUGAUAUUACAUCCCAAGGUCUUACACAGUUUGCUCAAAAUUAUGCAAAUAAAGGCAUUGUUCGGCUACGAGAAAUAUUUACAGCAGGAACUCUUCAAGUGCCACAAACACAAGCUGCCCUGAAGGAGCUGGAGUCCAUUCACAAGGUUUUGGAUCUCUAUGUUUGGUUGAGUUUUCGACUGGAGGAAUCAUUCCCAGACCGUGAAUUGGCAGCUGCACAGAAGUCAGUUUGCAGCAUGCUGAUCGAGGAGUUUUUAGGAAGAAUAGGAUGGCAAAGACCAAGAACAAGGCAAUUAAAGUCGAAUAUCCGCUCAAGGUCCCUCCUAUCCUCUAGUGUUAAACGAUAUCUCUGAGAUAUUCGUUGCAUAGUAGUAGCUUUAAAAGCUGAGAAUUUUGAGUUUUCUUUACCCCACUAAUGUAUACAUAGAAAAGAGCCUCAUCAAGCAGAAAGUCUGUUGCUUUCCAAAUUUUAACCAAUCCAAUUAGACGUAGGUUUCCUUAUUGAGUUGCUGUAUAAAUCUUGCUGGUAAAUAUGUUUACACGAGUGAUUCUGUUUACCAUUAGUUGCAGUUUAUUGCGAACUUGAUUCAAAAGGAAGAUUUUUGUAUACCUCUUCCCUAUAAUAUUUCUAUGGAGAGACAUGGAUCUUUUACAUUUCCAA